AGUAAUGUAUGGGCCCUGUCUGAAAUGUGGAUGCGAGUUAGCUAGCAAUAUUUGGACCAAAUAAAUAUAAAUGCACUGAUCGCAUUGGCGGUGCAAGGACAGUUUUUAAAGAUCGUCUUAGGUAUUAACAGGAUUUCGGUUUAUUUUAGACGUAGUUGUCCGUUUAGCUAGUGCUAGUUUAGCAUCGACUAUGCUUCGAAUGAAUGGUAGCCAGGUAACGGUGAGCGUUAUCGAGGGAAUUGUGCCGGUAUUAUGUGUAUAAAUGGACAUCAUGACAGCCUCAGAAUGAAUUCAAACAGCUACGUCUUUUCUGUUUCCCAUUUCUCAUUUAGUUUCAUUCAAGACUUAACUGCCCAGCUAAGUAACUCGAUCUGAACGACCAACCUAGCCACUGCUAGCAACACGCGCUCAUUUGCUGCAUAUGCGUCUGUUUGUUGGCUGCGAAGGUCUGCUAGUGCAUGGUCUAAAGAAAGAAUGGAUCAUUCCGUUUUAAAAGACAAACGCCACAAAUCCUCCAGUGACAACCUGUAAAUAUCCACGGGCUUCUGGGUAGCUGGCUAAUUUUGCACUUCAUCUGGGCCCAAGACGCCCCCUCGUAAUAAAUACAUGCUUCGCAGCAGCAUGUCCGUGUCGGUGAUAAUAAAAUGGGGCGGGCAGGAGUACACAAUCAGCACGUUGUCUGAGGAGGACACCGUGCUGGACCUCAAGCAGUCCAUCAAAUCUUUGACGGGCGUCCUCCCAGAAAGACAGAAACUGCUGGGCUUGAAAGUCAAAGGUAAACCAGCCGAGGAUGACAUUAAACUGGGCACCUUGAAACUGAAGCCAAACACCAAGAUCAUGAUGAUGGGGAGCAGGGAGGAAAGCCUGGAAGACGUUUUGGCCCCUCCCCCUGAAAACGAUGAUGUCAUCAAUGAUUUUGACAUCGAAGAAGAGGUUAUUGAGGUAGAGAACAGGGAGGAGAACUUGGCAAAGAUCGCCAGGCGUGUAAAAGAUUACAAAGUGGAAGAGCUGAACCCCCCUAGAGAAGGAAAAAGGCUACUGGUGUUGGAUGUGGACUACACGUUGUUUGACCACAAGUCGUGUGCGGAGACGGGCCAGGAGCUGAUGAGGCCGUUUCUGCACGAGUUCCUCACGACCGCGUACGAGGACUACGACAUCGUCAUCUGGUCUGCCACAAGCAUGAAGUGGAUCGAUGCUAAAAUGAAAGAGCUGGGAGUAACCGACAACCCCAACUACAAGAUCACCUUCAUGCUGGACAGUGCGGCCAUGAUCACAGUGCACACCCCCAAGAGGGGUGUGGUGGAGGUGAAGCCGCUGGGAGUAAUAUGGGGCAAGUACGGAGAGUUCUACAACAAGAAGAACACCAUCAUGUUCGACGACAUCGGCAGAAACUUCCUCAUGAACCCCCAGAACGGGCUGAAGAUCCGUCCGUUCAUGAAGGCGCACUUAAACCGCGAAAAAGACAAGGAGCUCUUCAAACUCUCUCAAUAUCUGAAGGAGAUUGCCAAGCUGGACGACUUUUCAGGGCUGAACCACAAACACUGGGAAAGGUACCUGUCCAAGAAACAGAGCCAGUAGAGCGCCCCCUGCUGUGUGCGCACGUGGCUCCUCCUCCAUCAAGCGGUGGUGCUGGACACUCGAGCUGACAGUUGGCUGCUCCAAACCCCCACCCCUCAUGCCCCGCUUCCUGGUUGAGUAUGUCCUAUAAUUUGUUAGCGGUUAGCAUCGGCCUCCAACUCGCGCACACGCACGCUUGCCGUUCUUCAUCGAUCGCCGUGCGCACGGGUUUCUCGACUGCUGCGAUUGGGUCCGGCCCAACCCCUCUCCAUUUUUUGUGCAUCUGGAAGGUUCCCUUGCUCAACCUGUCUAGCGUAGCCUCUGUUACAGCCCCCCCCCCCCCCCCCAUCUUCCCCCACCUUCCACCCAGGAGAAACGCUGCUGUCUCCUCAGCAUUCCAGAACUUUCCGUCGGUCUGAAAUUGGCCUUUGCUCCGAUUCUAAAUUGUGAGAUGGUGGUAUAUUUUUUCCUCUACGCUAUCCCUUAUAAUCCUUGUCUGAUUGGCAGGGGUUUGACAAGCUGUCUCAUUUCCACACAGGAAGUAAAUGAUGGGGGUUUGGCGCACUGUAGUUUGCUGAAAAUUUUUUUUUUUUUUUAUGCCAGUAUUGCUGGUGAACUGACCUUGGUUCUGAAGGGAGGAUGGAAGUGUCCAAGUGCUGCUUUAAACUACAGGAGUGGGAUUCACAGAGAAGCUUUCACAGAGAAGUGUUCUGAGAGCUCAGAGAUUUCCCAAGCAAAGCUGUCGAAGUGUGUGAACAUCAAACCAAAUACCUUGGUCAAAGUUUACACAUUUCUAAUGAAAAGCCUUUACGAAGCAUGUAUAGCGCCUUUAUCGCCACAGCACAGCAUCUUUUUUCACAUGUUUGGAAGUUUCACAUGUUUGGAAAUUGAAAGGUCAGAAGAGUGACCUCAAUGAUAAUGUGCAUUGUCACAUUUUGGAAUAGCAAUUUGCAUAGCUUAUUAACAUCGUCCUUCAUAAAGCACCGCUUCGUGUUUAAUAAAUUAUUCAUAAAGGUGUUAUGUCAACAAAGUCUUUACACAUGCUUGACGAAGGCUUGGUGAAUAUAUGCUUUGAAUAAACUGUGACCGGUACCGUUUUGGAAGUGUUUGCAUUCGUCUUGUUUCUCUUCCCCUGUUUCUGAGGUUGCGUCAGCUGAAUUGUUCCUAAGUUAUUGUAAUUCCCAAAGCGGCCCUAAAUUGGCCUAAUGCUAGUGCUUUCUGCUUUUUGAAUUGUGUAACUGAUAGAUGGUACCAGUUUUAUACCAUUGUUGGGAGCUGUUUAAGUUUUUUCUUGGCAGUAUUCUUUUUAUAUUUUGUGGAUCUUCUGUGUUUUUGUAAGACAAACUAUCUAAUUUGUUUGUGAGGUCAUUUUUCUUUUGUUGAAACUGACAUAGUAAAGUGUUUUGUAAGAACAUUUCUUGUUUUUUUUUCCACUAAAUGCAUUCUUUUAAGAAGAUGGGGAGAAGAGCAAGAUAUGUAUGAUUUUGUUAGAUUUGUUUUUUUCAGGAUAACGAUAUUUAAAAUCUCAGAAAUCAUGAGUAUUGUGGGUAAGGUUCUCAGGAAAGUCCUCAGAAUGGCUUGUCGUACCUGUAAGACAUCAAAAAGAUGCCCCUUCCUGAGUUUUACUGUUUAGGUGUUUAAAAAGGUACAAAACUGCAGCUGGGUUCGAAAAACCGACUCCAUUUCCUGUGAGCGAGGAGUGGAGUAAUAUCACUGACAGUAGAAAACGCUGUGUCUUUAGAGUAGAGUUAGGUUUACAGGGCCGUCUGCCGGCCGACACCAGGUCCCGCUACACUACGCGCUGUUAAAUAAACCCUCUGCUUGUAGUUAGUUAGAGACAUCCAGUCACUUUUUUUCCAUUGCAUCCCCAGUAUAACAAGCACCUAGUUCACUGAAACAAGCGGACAAAGCAAAACGAUAAUGUUCGUGUCCCGCACUUAUGUUUAUUUUGUGUUUUGAGUGCUCUUAUGCGUUGUGUGCGAGCCUAUUCUAGCCACUCUCUGUUUACCGAGAGCGACGGAGGGGCAGGGUCUGUCUGGAAGUCUCGUACAUUUUCAUUCGUCGACGGGGCGCUCAGUCACGCUAAGCUGUUCUGUGGUUCUGGGCAGAAACGUGCGCAUUUCAGACGUCACCCCAUGAAGGUACUGAAGGAUCCAAUCCGUAGGAUUCCACUCCUGCUUUUUCAAAUAUCAGAGCAGUUAUCGGUGACGGACUGGCUUACUUUUCAGCUUCGCCAUGCUCUAAAGCGACUACCAAAGUUUGCCACGUGCUGAUUUAAUGUAAAAAGAAAAUGUGCUAUUUAAGUCCUACCCAGAAUCCCCCUGUCUCCUCUGUCCAUUCAGAAGCACUGUCCUCUUCCUGUUGCACCAGUCCAUACAGAUGUGAACACAUGUAUAUAUGCUACCUAUGGGGGCAUAUCCUGACUGUAAAUAAAAAUAAUAUCAAUCUUUUUA